ACACAAAACGCGAUAUUAUAGAUUUAACCGAUGAAAUAGUUUCGCGUCUACGUGAUUAUUAUAUGACUUUUGUUGUAAGAACGCGUUUGAGCACGUUGAACAUUGUUUGUUUGUGACGAUUGGAGCUCGUUAGGAUGUUUGUGUUUGUCCUGCGGUUUUUCUAACGCACCAUCGGACUGAUCAAUAAUAAAUAUGGCUAUGAGGAACGCGUCCCGGGUGGAGGCAGUGGCCGAAGUCGAAGAGGAAGAAAAUUUUGGGCCACAACCAGUUUCACGCCUGGAGCAAUGUGGCAUCAGCAGCAGCGACGUUAAGAAGCUGGAGGAUGGUGGUUUUCACACCGUGGAGGCUGUAGCGUACGCGCCCAAGAAAGAGCUGCUGAACAUCAAGGGAAUCAGCGAAGCCAAAGCCGACAAGAUCCUGACGGAGGCGGCUAAGAUGGUUCCCAUGGGCUUCACCACAGCGACGGAGUUCCACCAGCGCAGAGCCGAGAUCAUCCAGAUCUCCACAGGAUCCAAAGAGCUUGAUAAACUCCUGCAGGGAGGAAUCGAGACGGGAUCCAUCACUGAGAUGUUCGUCGAGUUUCGCACAGGAAAGACACAGCUGUGUCACACACUGGCCGUUACCUGCCAGCUGCCCAUAGAUCAAGGCGGUGGAGAAGGAAAAGCCAUGUACAUCGACACCGAAGGAACCUUUCGUCCAGAGAGACUGCUGGCUGUAGCUGAGAGGUACGGGCUGGUGGGCAGCGAUGUGCUGGAUAAUGUGGCGUAUGCCAGAGCCUUCAACACGGACCAUCAAACACAGCUCCUGUAUCAGGCCUCCGCUAUGAUGACUGAGUCCAGAUACGCUCUGCUGAUUGUAGACAGCGCUACUGCACUGUACAGGACGGAUUACUCCGGUCGAGGAGAGCUGUCCGCCCGCCAGGGCCAUCUGGGCCGCUUUCUACGCAUGCUGCUCCGUCUCGCCGAUGAGUUUGGUGUGGCCGUGGUCAUCACUAACCAGGUGGUAGCACAGGUGGAUGGAGCGGCCAUGUUUUCAGCAGAUCCCAAGAAGCCGAUUGGAGGAAAUAUCCUGGCACAUGCCUCGACUACUCGAUUAUACCUGCGGAAGGGUCGAGGAGAGACACGGAUAUGCAAGAUCUACGACUCUCCUUGUUUACCUGAGGCAGAGGCAAUGUUUGCCAUUAAUGCUGAUGGAGUGGGUGACGCUAAAGACUGAAAGGAUCUCAACAGAGAACCCGAGCGUGUGAUACGAGACCAUCGGCCGGAGAAAAGACUCCUGUAGAACGACUGAAAUGCGUAAAUGUGGACACAUUUAGUCUGGAAUUAUUUGGAAAGAGAGUGAAUCCUUGGUUUAUUUACAUAUAUGCAGAUUGGUGGAAAUGAAUGAUUUGAGCUGGUGUAAUUAUUUGCCCUUUACUUUGAUUUCAGCCUCUGUGCUGUUUGUUAUAUAUUUUUUUUGUUAUAUUUGUUUGUCUUGUCUGGACUGAACCGUUGUCUUGUACAUAAAACUACUCAGAAU